GUGGCUUGUGUUGAUGAUUUACUAAAAUGGCUGCUGCUGCGUUAGUAGAGACUUCUGCAGGGAAAGAUGUUAUUGCCGAAGGAUUGCUCGAUCUACUGAAACCAGCUAUUCAGCAGCUGGACUUGCAUGUCCACUCAGUCAGAGAGAGCCAGGUGGAAUUAAGAGAACACAUAGACAAUCUUGCCACAGAGUUAUGCAGGAUAAAUGAACAUCAGAAGGUGGCUUUAGACCUGGACCCCUACGUAAAGAAGCUGCUAAAUGCAAGACGUAGAGUAGUGCUGGUUAACAACAUUCUGCAGAACGCUCAGGAACGUCUGAGGCGACUCAACCACAACGUAGCCAAGGAGACAGCACGACGAAAGACCAUGCUGGAGGCGUCAGGAGUGUUCACCUCCCGCUCCCCCAGUAAACCCUGAGCUUCCUCCUCCUCCUCCUCCUGCUCCUGCUUUGCACAGCAAAUACUGUGGACUGUCCCGACCAGGAGGGACACAUCAAUACAGGAAACUGUAACACGAGGAAGACGAGUCUUCCUUUGACCUUUAGAGAGCUGUUUGUCUCAUGGCAUGCUCAUGUUCUGCACUGCUUUGUCUGAUGUUGUCAUAAUAAAAAAAAAAAAAAGCCAGGCUGCCACCUGCUCAAUGUCAGGCAGCUGCAAAUAGGUUAAUGUCUUAAUCCUCUGGUGAAACACAUCAGAGAAUGAGCUUUACAUUAUCAGCUGAUAACACUAUAUCACACAUUUAUUAGUAGUUUGUCCUCUCAUCAAGUCAAUUAUGUUCCAGCACUCUGGGAGAUUUUAAUUUAAUAAUUUAUAUGCACUGAUUCUACAGUCAAAGACAAAUGAGAUGCAUUAUUCUACAAAUGUUAGAACAAUGUGUAAUUGUGAUAUAAAUGUGUAUGCAGGAUAGAGGAUGAUACUUGGCUGCAGUGAUGUGGAUCAAAAUAACAGAUAGUUGUUUCACUGCUUGAAGGAUUGCAGUAUUGUCAGUCUCCAUGUGUUCUUCUGCUCUCUGUCUUUGGUCAAUGGUGAAACAACAUGAGAAAGUUUGGGUUUAGCUGACUUUUAUUAGAUUAAAGUACAGAAACACAAAUGUGCUGUAGCAAAUCAACCAACACAGAGCAUAUUGAUUGGUUUAAUAUUAGAUGAUGGAAAUCAAACUGGAGAAUGUUGUGUCUCUGUGAUUAUGCAAUAUAAUGCCUACAUAAUGCUUCUGAUUUCUACUUUUUGUUCAGAUAUUUGUCUUUGAUGUUUUGUAAAGUAUACAUUAACAUUGUGUUCUUAUCUUUUUAUGCUUGUGCAUUUCUUAAAUGACUAAUUGGUCAACAUGCUCAUGAAAACAAGGCAAAGGCUCAUAUUGCUCCCCACUCAGUAUGAAUAUAAAAUAUACUGAUGGUUUACCCUUCUUAGUGCCAACAUGGGCUACAUUUAGCUUGAAGGUGACACUACAGGAAAGUUAAAAAGUUUCAAAUUUCAUGGCAAACUUGUUGGUAACAUAAUUUCACAGCGUUAUUAUUAACUAUUAAUUUCCUAAUAAUCUGCUGAAAUUUAGGUUUUUUGAAACAAAUGUGAGUAAAAAUCAGACAGUUUGAGAACUUUACAUGAUGUACUGCUUCAUUUAAAUCCAAACAAAUAUUUCAUUAUUUAUUUAUUAUUGGAAACUAAAUUCUUCUACAUACAUGUUGAAUUGUGUGCUUACCUGUAGACGAAUAGUUCAGUGAA